AUGGUAGGUGGUACGAAGCUGCAGUGGGCUAUGCCAAUCGAUCUUGGAACUGGCCAAUCUCGUCACGGAUCUGCCUGGAUCAAGAUUGGGAUAGCCGUGCGAAUUGCGCAGGACAUCGGCUUGAUGUUAGACGCCGCGCCUCACCUUCCAUAUGCCGAGCAAGAAGAACGACGGAGGGUCUUUUGGUCCGUUUAUUUACUUGACCGUCUUGUCUCAUGUGGUCGCGGCAGGCCUCCAGCAAUUGUCGAUGCGUCUUGUCACCUGCAACUCCCUUGUGAUGAUCUCACCUGGAAAACCGGUGCUUGGAAGAAGACACCAACAUUGGAUGAACUAUCGAAUCGAACCUUGUUACAUGUUGAGCGUCAAGGCCCUUUUGCCCAUGUCAUCGUCAUGUCCUAUGCUGUUGGACGAGUAGCACAGUAUAUGCUACAGGAAUUCAACAUAAGGAGUCGCUAUCCGCCUUGGGACCCAAAUUCUGAUUUCGCAGCACUCGAGCUCGAACUCAUGCACCUGGAGACUCAGUUGGAGACAACUAAAUCAGUUCACGACAUGAUCACACCCCAUAUCAGCUCAGUGGGACUUGUUGAUCAUCAAAGCGUCGGCCCCGUUAUUUUCUCACGCGCAUUGUUUCACCUGUGCUAUUGUAUGCUCCACCAUCCUUUCCUUUUGAGAGAACGACUUGAGACGAGUCAGUUGACUGCGCCUGCCAACUUUCUUGCACGUGCUUUCGAGACUGGCUGGCAGCAUGCUCAGUACAUGAUUGAACUUAUUCGCCAUGCUCGACGUUUAGGCUGUGUGUUCCAGUCUUCUUUUAGUGGGUACUGCAUGAUAGUAGCAGGGUCAAUCGCUGCCUUGAAUGUCCAUAACACUGUAACAGCUACAAGGGCUACAGCUGAAGCACUGGUUUAUGAGUCAAUUGCCUAUCUUGAAGACGUGGGACAAUAUUGGCCCAAUGUUUCCACGAUGGCCCAAUUGCUCCGACACAUCGCUGAAAAUGCUCAUCUCUUCAGACAGCUAUCAUGCGACCAGCCUCAGAUCCAACCAUUGUCACAAGCUACUUCCGAGACAAUGUGGUCACUUGUUGACUACAGCACAAUGUCAAACGAUGCACCCACUGGUUUGAUGGAGAACCAAUCACAUGAGACAAAUCUGUGGUUCGAUUCUUGGUUCGGGAUGUUCGGUAACAUCGAAACCGAGCACGAUUUCGGCGUCCCUCGGAUCGAUGUGAACCCUUCGAGCUCUGUUAGUUGA